AUGAACAGUGAUUUUGUCCUUUCCACUACUCCUAUCAGUAGUUUGCUAAUCAACUCAGCAUUUGAAAAGGCCGACGAUCUCCAGAAGUGGCAUGACAACAUGAAGUCAAAGAAGAUUGACAUAAGUUUAAUGCCAAGUCGAUUAAUGCGCACAGCCCCGAAAAGUGAAACUGACAAGUACUAUAAGUUCAAUGCCGAGAUUAGUGGCAUUGACAACAAAAAUGACCCAUGGUAUCAUGCUUGCCAGAAAUGCUACAGGCGGAUAACUGUUAUAGAGAGUGUUGCAACUUGUGACGACUGUUCGGGAGAAAAUUUUGAUUAUGAGGAGAGGUAUAGGUUAAAGUUUGAUGUCACUGCUGAGGAACAAUCUCUAAUUAUUAUGUUGUCUGAUGCUGCACAAUUCUUUUUUGGUUGCGAUGUAAAGGAGUAUGUUCGCUCGACAUCUGUAAAGAAAGAGGAUUCUGGGUACUACCGCAAGUUGUUAUUGAGUAAGGGAAAAGAAUUUAGUGUCCUUGUGAAGAUUGAUCGAAAUUUUGCAACAGGAGAUUCAAAAAUGAAUUUGAUAGCUGCGGAGAUACAUGAGGUUGAAAAAUUAAUUGCGGCAUAUGAAAGCGAGGUUGAAACACUGAUAAAAAAACAAAGAAGCAAGAGGACCAAUAAGGUUAAAGAUAACAAUGGAGAGCCCCAGCAAAUGACUGAUACGAUGAAACCGCUAGCUGGUGACAUACCUUAUGAUGAAACCAAAAACGUUGCAGAUGAAAUAGAGAUUGAAACCCCAACAAUAAAGUUAAGAAGCAAGAGGACCAGGAAAGUUAAAAUGCCAUUGCAGAGCACCCGAUAA